AUAGAGGAGUUCACUUGGCGGAGACUUCUCCGUUUGUGUGAGGUGGCUCGGAUCCAUAAUCUGUGGAUGCCAUCUUUCUCCAGGGACUGUGACAUUGCAGAGGUGUUGAGCUGGGAGUUUUACAGGCUGGCUGCUGUAGCUGGUGGGCAGACGUCUGGGCUAAUUCACUCUGACUAGCAGGUAGUUACACGACAGCAGAACAGGCAGUUUAAGAAAAUCUGACACUCGCUUUGAGAGGCAAAACAAAGUAGACGUCUUAAAGAAGAGGUUUUACUCUGACAAGUCGCACCAACUGUUCAGGCAUGCAGCUGGUAGCCUGCUUAGCGGUGCUGGUGCUCUGGGUGGCAGAGGCUGUAGAGAAUUGUCCCGAUGUCUGUAAAUGCACCAAGCAAACCAGCCCUGAAAGGUCAGAGGUCAACUGCCAUAAGAAGGGGAUGAGGAAGUUCCCCUCCAAACUGCCCCCAGAUUCCUGGAUUCUUAAAAUGGGCGAGAACAGAAUGGUAGACCUCCCGCCAAACGUUCUGAAACCUAUCCCCAAGAUCGAAAGCAUCAACUUGGAACGCAACGUCAUCAAAUCAAUACACCCCCAGGCCUUUUCCGGAGCCCGGAGGCUGAUGCUGCUCAACCUGUAUGGGAAUCAGAUCAACAAACUCCCCCUGAAGGGCUUCCAGGACCUGCUCAACCUCCGCUUCCUCAUGCUGGGCCAGAACCAGAUCUCCAGUGUCAAAGCAGACAUGUUCACAGGCAUGAGGAACCUCUCAGACUUGGACCUGCCUCUCAACUCUCUGACUGCCCUCCCUUCCAACGCCUUCAAGCCCUUGAUUGCCCUCAAGGUCCUGGACCUGGCCCUCAACCGCAUCCAGAGAAUCUCCACCAAGGGCUUUGUGGGCCUGACGGAGCUGCUGUUCCUCAACCUGGACAACAACAGCCUGAAGAGCAUCCCGGCUGGGACCUUCAAGCCUCUGGCCUCCCUGGAGAUGCUGGUGCUGGAUAACAACCUGAUGUCCACGCUGACCUCAGCCACUCUGGAGGGCCUGUCCAACCUGCAGGAGCUCUACCUCAGGAACAAUGAGCUGGAGAGGCUGCCCCAAGACCUGUUCAGACACACACCCAAGCUUUCCCAGCUGGCCCUCAGUGGGAACAGGCUGAAGACUGUGGACGGAAACAUGUUCACCCAGCUGUCUGGCCUGAAGGUGGUGUAUCUCCAUGACAAUCCCUGGACAUGUGACUGCAACAUCAACGGCCUGGUGCGCUGGAUGUCCCAGACCAAGGCCAACCUCUCCCCUUUGGAGUCCCUGAGGUGUGUUUCCCCGGCAGGUUACCGCGACAAAGCCCUCAAUAGCCUCAAAGACCAGAAUCUACGCUGCCGGGCCUAGACUGAAGCCACACCAACCCUUACAAUGUGCUGCAAUGCCUGCACUAGAGCCACACCAAUCUUUAGUCUGUGCUGCCAAGACUAGAGCCAAACCAACCUUUACUCUACACCAGCAUCCUGCAUUAGCCACGGUCCUGCUACAGAGUUACCUGUUAUACAUCACUACUCUACUCAGUUAUGGUCCAACGACAGCACAGUUACCCAUUUCUGUACAACACCUACACUCUUAGAAAAAAGGGUUGCAAAGGGUUUCUUUGAGGAGGG